CCUCAAUUGGGCUGAUGAUUUAUCUCAUAAUCAAAAUGGCGGCGCCCAUGGAGGAAGAAAUAAAUGUUAGCGUUGAGAAUGAACUCAGUCGGAUUGGACAAGAUGACCAAUCUCCUCUCUCGGGAACACAUCCAUCUGUCGUGGAAAGAUACUAUACGGCGGGUUACAAGACUGAUAUGAAUGGGAAUUCUUGCGAAGACUUUUGUAUACUGAAACACUCCAACAAAGUUUGCCUGAUAACGGUUGCGAAAGGUCAUCCAUUGAUCCGGGAAAACAAAAAGAUUCUGAAGGUAGAUUUCCAAGUUGGAGCAAACACGAACAGAAUGCAGAAUAAGGUCGUUGGCAAACGGAAAAAGGGUGGGCAGUGGCUGAACCAAACGGCUCAGCUUUGCAAAGUCACCUGCGCUGAUGGCACCUGUUACACCAUGUCCAGCUGCAUCAACGGCAAACUCGUCGAAGUCAACGAAACACUUCUCCAAGAGCCCCAGCUCAUUCAAACAAGGCCAUGCGGUGAAGGCUACAUCGCCAUAGUGCUUCCUAAGCUCGGAGGAUGUGACCAGCAGAUGGAGAAACUCCUCACACCAGCUCAGUACGAGGCUGUUCUGAAAGCGAGGCUCGAGGAGAGAAAAGAAAAAGGACAGAGUACACCCGAAGAUACUCCAUCAACAUCUGAAGGUCAAUCAUGUGAUACCAGGGACUGAGAAUACCACGCAAAAUGUUUUACCAACUUGACAUUUAUUUGAGCUAUUAUUUAAAUGAGAUUUCCGCGGUCCUGUCUUACUGUCGAUGUCACGUGUUUCAGUAACAGUCAGUGCGCAUGUCUGAAGUGAACUGGUUGAGUGCACCUUCGUACAAACCCACAAGAUAAUGUAUUUAUAUGUACAUUUUUUCUCUCAAGUUCUUUUAUAUACAUGUGUAUCCAGUUCUGAACUUCUGAAUGACAUGUUGAAGAUUGAGGGUUCAAAUCAACCAGCGUAGGUCAAGUAUCAUAUGUCAGAAGGUCAAAGAGUGCACAACUCUGGUGUAUUCAAUAAUUGUUUUAUGAAAAUCCUUUAAAAAAAUUUGUUUGCAUAAAACGCACCUCUGCCUUUUUGAAAAAUUCUCGGAAGUGCACGACGCGCAUGGCACCCGCAGACUUGCACUAGACCACAUUUCUGACACAGCGUCGUUCUCCAAACCAGAUACAAAAACCCAUCAAGCACACGUAAACUACAGCUGGACCCAACUAUUGACUCGCUCUAAUAACUUCCAGGGGUUAGGGUAGGCACACCAACGUCAUCGAUUUGCUUCGUAGAAAACCCACUUCAAAACUAGUUUGGGUGAAAUUUGUGUGAGUGGCCUUGGAAGUGGUGCCUGUUCAAAAGCUAGCUGGGAAAUAUUUGGCUGAGAAAAAAAGCCUAACUUUCGAUCUGUAAAAAAAGAAAUGUACAUUUCAUUCAACUAUACACUGUAAAAAAUAAUGGUUAAAACACUGUUGCACAAUAUGAUUUUAACCAACAUUGGUUUGAAAUUACCUAAUUUGGGUAAAAAUUAUCCAACUAUUAGGGAAGAAUUUGCCCAAGAAUUUAACCUGUUGAUAUGUUGACCAACGUUGGUCUACAUAUCAACCUAUUUGCCCAACGUUUUUACAGUGUAGUAGUAUCCUUAUGAAAAGCAUUUCAACUACGCGUGGAUCAAGGCUAAUGCAAACCAUAUGAAAGGGAUAAGGUCUCAAAUGUGUAGAAAUUUUCUGUACUGGAGUUGUUAUAACUAUACACACUUGUGAGAUGGAACUGAUUGAACUAUCUGUCCAUUUCGAAACAUGUAUGGCGGUUGGUUCAUUUUGGGUUGUAAAUAUUUGUUCAAGUCAAACUUUGGACUUGUUUGUGUAGUUUUGAAAUCGGCGAUUUAUGAAUUGUAUUUACUGGCAUUUCUCUUCUCAUUUUUUUUUUCGGAAAAAAAUAACCAUGUUUGGUAUGACAGUUACUCUUUGCAUUGAAUAAAUAAAGCAUAACCGCCAAAUAUCUAAUAAAGUGUUGCUAGAA